AUGGACUCAACAUACCGGUCUCCAAAACGGAGGAAAUCAUCCAUCGGCAACUUCACCCCGACCCGAGCAUCUUUUAUGUCCCCAACCAAAGCGAGCCUCGCGAAGUUCAAUCCGGAUCUUCUCCCACCGUCGCGCAGAAGCUCGAUUAUCCGCUCGCUGUCGCAACCUAGAUCAUCAUCACUCGUCCCGUCCGGUCUCGCAGACUUUCCCCGCGAAAUCAGCAAACGAAGCAGGUCCGCCGCGAAGACUGAGAGACAAUCGUCGGCUGUGGAGAGAGAUACCGAUCAGGAAACCAUGGGCCGGGAAGUUGGGUCUUUAUCGCCAAUUCGGCGCAAGUCUAUGAGGCUGGCGGAGCCGCUUCUGAUGACAGCCAGUCGAAGACUCGAGAGCCCUAGGUUACGGGACGUAUUCGGGAUCGCCCCAUUCCCCGUCGAACCACCGGCGGAGACCGAGGCCGAAGCUGGUGAACAUGUACCUACCGCUCAUGAUGGAGACAGGUCGCCUCCCUCGAACCAGCACAAGCGCACUAGCAAACGGAAACGGGAUGCCGAUCUAGUUGUUGAGGAGGCGACCGCGCCACCACCUGCGUCCGAGGAAAUCGUUGCGGAGAUGCUCCGAUUGGAAUUGGAGCUGGCUGAGUUGCGGCGUGACGUUCGGCUUCUCGACGAGCAGACAAAGCGAGCGGAAACGUUCCUGGAUUUCAGUUUCGAUGGGCCGGAAGAUGUCGACGCGUUGCUGUCUGCGCUAUGCGAGGACGAUGAGCAACCCGCGACACCGGACCGGACGGCUCCGCUAUCAAUGUCCCAAUUGCUGGGCUCAUUGUUCCGGGGCCAUGCACAUGUAUCCCAGGCCAACGGAACGAUCGAGCACACGGAACCUCCACCAUCGUUGCAACCCAUUGAAGACGACAAUUUUGUGGAAACAAUGAAACGAGUCACGCAUUUCACUUUCCAUGGCAACUUAUCAAUAAUUCCUAGAUCGGAGAACCCCGGGGUGUCGGAAGAGCCCCGUCUCCAAUAUGACAUCAGCGUCAAAAGCCCGAAGCUGCAUUUGACAGCCAACGUCCGGCUCAUACUUUCCUUGCAGGAAUCAGGGGGAGGACAUACAUUCCGAGUGGACAAGCUAGCCGUCCCAAGCAUCAAUCGCUGGGCUCGAAAGGAGAUCGGCACCUGGAUCGACGCCUGCUGCUCGCGAAAGGACGUCUCCGUGCUCUUCCACGGUCUGGAGUCCUACUACCUCCACGCGUAUGCGCGAGGCCGGCGCUGGAUCGAACUAGAAUCGACGUUCCCGACCCUCCUGAUGGAGCCCGUCGGUACCCAGAUCCGCAAGCAGUUCAGCCGCAACCGGAUCGCGUUCUGCCGAGGCGCCUCGGUGCUGACCUUCAUCCAUAAGCUGGACCUCUCGUGGGCGGGAGAGGUGCGGAGAGAGGUCGAGCUCGCGCUGCCGAAGGAGAAUCCGUACCAGAUCCUAUCCGGCGCAUCUAGUACAGACAGUACGGAGAGCGAUUCGGUCAAUUUGUACGCAAAUAUGCUGGAUGAACACCCAGGCUUGUUGGAUAUCACGGCGGAGAAGGCGUUGAUCUUCAGGUUCUUUCAGGUAGAACCGGAUGGGCCACCAGAGGUAGAUUGA